CUGAGUGCAGUUCUCCUAGUGUCCUGGUACCAGUGCAAUAUAUGCCUUGAUAUGCUCAAGUGAAAACGUGAAAAUAUGGAGAGUAAAGUUCUAGAGAACCCGUCAGUUUCAGAAUUGCUCGCAGCGCAUAAUAUGCGUCGUUUAUUAGACGCAUAUAGAACAUUAGCUCCGUUGACAAUAGGAGGUCCAUCCACUACCACCCUGGAGAAUAGUCCUGGACAGUUGAAUCCUGGACCAAGAAACCAGGAUCCAGGGGCGUUUAAAAAAUUUCCCUGGAUGUUUUCUCCCCCUGCUGGGUCGGGUAGGAGAAGGCAUUCAAGUUGCGGAGGGGGUUAUCCACCUCCUUCUCUUCUCCUCUCUCCUCCUCCUUCUCAUCAAGUACCAGGUCAACCCGGUCAACCAGGUCAACAGAUACCUGUUCUUUCACAACGGGAUAGAGAAUCCUCUAGUUUGCUUGAAACAACACUAGAGGGCCGAGGUAUCUCGUGUUUCAGUGUUGGAGGAGAACUCAGGCUUUGUUUAACCCAAGUUCUUCAGCUAGUUCUUAAUACUGUUCCUCUUAGUAGAAUACAUCAGGCAUGUGAAGAACUCCAAAUCUAUUGUUCCACCUCUAGCCCUGGUCAACUGACAGCUCUCAAGCUAAGCAGGGUUCUUCCAAUCUCCACAACACAGUGUGGACUUAUCACAAAAUCAGAUGCAGAGCGAAUAUGUUCUCAUCUCCUCCAUUCCUCUUCUUCCUCCUCCUCCUCCUCCUCCUCUUCUCCUUCUCCUGCAACAUCUUCACCUGGUGCGUCCCCUCCCCGGAGUAAUGAUGUGUCCCUAGUAAAAGUUCAACAUAAUUGUUUUGGGACCUGUAUAGGAGUUAUCCAUCCUAAAUCAUACUCAUCUCCGGAUUCCCCAAGUAUAGAAUGUACUGAAUGCCGUGAACUAUUUUCUCCGCCUAAAUUUGUCUGCCACACCCACGAGCCCCCAGGGCGGGGAAUUGUUCAUUGGGGAUUCUCUAGAGAUAACUGGCCAACCUAUAUUCAGAUUUGGGACGAGUACAGUGAAGAAGAAAAGGAGAAUGCUGAAAUCCAGUUGAAUAAUUUCAAAAAUAAAUUUAACAAAUCCGGGAAACGAAAAAGGUCUGACCCGGCCGAUGAGGAGGUGUGGAAUAAAAAACUUAAGGAUGCAGAGCAAUCCAUCCCUCAUCCCUAUCCAUCCAAUCCUAUCUAUUCAUCAGGACCCAUCCCGGCACAGAGCAAGCUUGUGUUAACUGGGGGUACUGGAAACGGUUUCAUCUUACCCUGGAGCUUUGUUCCACCCAACCCACUCUACUUACAAUCCCUCGCACAAAUUCACAGGAUCAAAUUCUUCCUGGAUCAAAAGCAUCAUGAGCAGAACCUGCCCCUGGAUCAAACCUUGCACCUGGAGCAGAACCUAGGUUUAAUCCAACCAAGAGAAGAAUUGGAUGAGGAAACUCUAGGGUUAGGACGGAAUGAUGAGUUUAUGGUUGGUAUAGCUGCAGUACUAGCUGGAGCAGGGGUUGGAGAACGGAGUAGAUUGGAGGUUCUCAGCGCAGUUGAGAGAUUAGUGGAGAGAUUACAACGAGCGGAGCAGGAUAAAAUUUCAGCUUCAGAAAGAUUAAAAGGAAUGGAGGACAGAGUCACUCGGUUAGAACAGGAGCUCGCCUCGCAGCUCGUCCGGACCGAAGACGAACUUGCCACCCAACUAGUCCGGACCGAGAAUGGAUUAGACUCGUCCAAACAUGAGGACGAGACGAGCAGUGACGGAGGAAUAGAGUCCGGGACGGAAGCGGACGAUUUCUCCGAGAAAUGAUAAUUAGUCAGGGAUAAAACAUCCUCAAAGAAAUUUCAAAAAGAGAUAUUUUUAUGCAAUGCUUUGAUGUCGUAUAUUUUAUAUUUUAUUAAUUAACAAUCUAGUAUUCUCAAAAAUUGUCGCAUUAAUACUAAUUAAUUGUUAAAUAGUUCAUUCACCCCACAAGAUUUUCUUCACCAUUGCAACAAAAAAACAUUUUAAAAAGCGAUUGAUCAGCCAGUCAUAUAAAACUAAAAUAUAUUUAGGUCACAAUCCUGUAAAGUUCAUACCUUGCUAAAAAAAGAAUGAUUCUAGAAAUUGCAAAUAUUUUAUAUAUAUAUUAUAUAUGUAUGUGAAAUUGCAAAAUGUCUGGGUUUCUUCUCUUGUUUCGGCUGAUUUACCUAAGAGAAAGAGACCGCCAUGUUUUUUCAACCUCGGAGAAAAUUUUUCCGCAAAUUUUUUUUUUUCAGUCUUUCUCAAGAGUACAAGCUUGCAGAAAUUAUAACAAAUUUAUGUAAAAGAAUAUAUUAUAAGAAUACAGAGUACAAAAGUA